CUCCCCCUACCGUCACUGCUUCGGUCCGGCGAGUGAAUGUUCAGUAAACGAGCUGCUGCUGCUGCUGCUGCUGGGAGGAGGCAUUACCGACAUUUCGUCUUUGACAGCCGACCGGAGACACCUCUCUCUCAGGAAACAUUGUCAUACGCCCACAAACCACAGUCCGGCGUCGCUGUUUGCUGUCCCAGCAGAGCGAGAAAAGGAAGAAAUUAGUCUUAGGCUCUUGUUUGCUCCGCAGGGCUAUAGCCAGAGCUGAGGGGAAGCAGAGACCCUGCCCUCCCUGAUCGGAGAGGGAAUCACGACCACAGCUCCUGCCGCACAGACCGCCUUUGCCUCCGUCAUGCAGACCUCGCUCCUUCUCCUCCUUUCCCCAAUCCUCGUCCUGUCCUUCCUCAUCCCCGCCUGCUCCUCCCAGAGCGAGGCAGACCUCACCGUUCAGACGCGCACCGGUCGAGUCCGCGGCAUCCGCAUGCCUGUGAUGGACCGAAGCUACGUCACCUCUUUCCUGGGCAUCCCCUUCGCCGAGCCGCCGGUAGGGAAGCAGCGUUUCCGUCGCGCUGAGCCCAAGCGUCCGUGGACCGGGGUGUACGACGCCAACGCCUACCCCAACGCCUGCUACCAGUUUGUGGACACGUCGUACCCAGGUUUCCAGGGCAGCGAGAUGUGGAACCCCAACAGAGAUAUGAGCGAGGACUGCCUGUACCUCAAUGUCUGGGUGCCAUCCUCACCCAGGCCACACAAUCUCACCGUCAUGGUGUGGAUCUACGGCGGAGGGUUCUACAGUGGGUCCUCUUCUCUGGACGUGUACGAUGGCCGUUACCUAGCUCACAGUGAGACGGUCAUUGUGGUUUCCAUGAACUACCGGAUCGGUGCCUUUGGCUUCCUCGCUCUGCACGGCAGCUCUGAGGCUCCCGGCAACGUGGGUCUGCUGGACCAGAGGAUGGCACUGCAGUGGGUACAAGAUAACAUCCAUUUCUUUGGUGGAAACCCCAAACAGGUGACUAUCUUUGGUGAGAGUGCCGGUGCUGCUUCAGUUGGAUUCCACCUCUUUUCUCCGGGCAGCCGGCCAACCUUCACCAGGGCCAUUCUCCAGAGCGGGGUCCCCAACUGUCCCUGGGCCUCGGUCAGCCCCGCAGAGGCCCGCAGACGGGCCACCUUGCUGGGCAAACUGGUUGGCUGCAACGGAGGCAACGACACCGAGCUGGUGGACUGUCUGCGCGGUAAAACUCCACAGGAGCUCAUCGACCAGGAGUGGCAGGUCCUGCCGUGGUCAGCCCUCUUCCGGUUUUCAUUCGUCCCUGUUGUGGAUGGCGAGGUUCUGCCAGACACUCCCGAGGCCAUGCUCAGCUCUGGCAACUUUAAAGACACUCAGAUCCUGCUCGGGGUCAACCAGGACGAGGGCUCCUACUUCCUGCUGUACGGAGCUCCGGGCUUCAGCAAGGACAACGACAGCCUGAUCUCCAGAGAGGACUUCCUGGAAGGUGUCAAGCUGAGCGUACCGCAUGCUAACGAUAUUGGCCUGGAGGCAGUGGUGCUGCAGUAUACUGACUGGAUGGAUGAGAAUAACGGGCUGAAGAACCGCGAGGCCAUGGACGACAUAGUGGGCGACCAUAACGUCAUCUGCCCACUGGCGUACUUUGCUCGCACCUAUGCCCAGCACACUGCCCUCAAGACUAACAUGGGAGGAGGGAUGAACAGUGGAGGAAACUCCCAAGGAGGGGUCUACCUCUACCUGUUUGACCACCGAGCAUCCAACCUGGCAUGGCCGGAGUGGAUGGGUGUGAUCCACGGCUACGAGAUCGAGUUUGUCUUCGGCCUGCCACUGGUGAAGAGACUCAACUACACCGUAGAGGAGGAGAAACUGAGCCAACGCAUGAUGAAAUACUGGGCCAACUUUGCGCGAACUGGAAAUCCCAACGUGAACCAUGACGGGAUGGUGGAGAGCAAGAGGCGCUGGCCUGUGUUCACCGUCAGCGAGCAGAAACAUAUCGGACUUAACGCUGAAUCAGUGAAGGUCUACAAAGGUCUGAGGAACCAGAUGUGUGCUUUCUGGAACCGCUUCCUGCCACGCCUCCUCAACAUCACUGACAACGCAGAUAUAGAAAACAGGUGGAGUCCAGACCGCUGGUCCUCCUACAUGAUGCACUGGAAGAGCCAGUUUGACCACUACAGCAAGCAGGAGCGCUGCACCGAGCUCUAAGAGAUGAGAG